AUGAAUCUCUUCGGCAGCUCGGCACCUUUCAAAUCAUGGGCCCGCCUCGUGUUCACCAAGGCCUUGCGUCCUACCUCCCAGCACAUAAAGGUGCUUGACGCCGCCUUGGGGGGCCUUGAGGGUCUUUGCAAUCGAGCAGUCACGAACGCUCAUUCUGCUCUCUUUCGGAUUUCCAUUUACGACCACUGUACCACCAUGUCUCAAUGCAUCAGCAUCCCGCCAACACCUAAGAUUGGCAGUGUAUCAUUACCAGACCCCGACUCCCCUGAUUUCGGCGAUGGCAGAGCCAAAAGAGGGAGAUUGUCCUCUCUCAUUGCCAAAGUCAAGGGAAGAUCUACUACGCCGGCACCCUCACCUGUGACGAAAUAUGAACAUCCGUCUCUUGGGCCAUCACAACGCCCACGGUCCUCUUCUAUGACCCACAAGCCUCGUGAAGACCUCAAGUAUCGCGCUUCGAAUGCCGUCGCGCCAAGAUUCUCCGAGCCCACCCCCAGCAGUUCGAAAAGUCAUCACCGCCAAGUAUCGGCGCCACAAUCGACCCCAUGGGCGGUGCCGAAUGCUCAUCCACGGCCUCACGACAUUGGGAAACAUCAGGGCCCCAACACUCCCAAAUAUAUGCAGGCCAUUGUCAAAUCCGUCCCCUUGAAAGAGGAAUCGGUUUCCUUGAGUUGGCCUCUGGUACCGAUGUCUGAGCGCCGGCACCUACCUCACCCGCUUCUCUAUUACGAUGUAGCGUUUGAUCCUCAGGACGAUAUGAACUUGAAGGACAACCGCCAUAUACUUUUCCUGGCGCUCCCCAAAGCCGAUCGGGAACUUCCAGUCUCAACCCAUUGUCAAAUCACGGAGAUGGUCAUAGACUGCCCACUGGUCGGCGCGUUGGUAGUCGAGCGCCCAGAGGGUCUCCGCUGUAUCGAUGUCUUUUAUGCCAUCUACAACAAAUAUCAGAAGAAGCCUCGCCGACACGAACUUCCAAGCAAUUUGGAAAUGCACAAGUAUAUCCCGGCUUUUGAACAGCGGUGCCUUGACGCUCCAGGCAUCACCGAGUAUAACCGCACACGCGUUGGUUUUUUGCGAGCUGAUCUCCUUCGAGUCGACAACUGCAUUGAAUGGUUCACUAAACUUCCCCCAGGAUUUACACACGAGCUCCCUCAACAUUUAGCACAGCAAAAUCCGCCGCUCCAUCUCCAUCCCACUACAGGCGUCCCAGUGCUGAACUUUGACGAAUUUUGCUGUGGGGCUCAUGGAUUUUCUGCCUUGAUCGAAACACAAAUCGCUGGAGAAGCCGCUCAACUGACAUUAUUCGAUACCGGGCCCGACUCCCAGAGUCUCGUGCGUAAUCUGAAAGCAAUGCAGAUACCAGUGGAUCAAAUCGCUCGUGUCAUUACCUCCCACUGGCACUCUGACCACACUGGAGGCUUGCUGUCGUUUCUGAAAUACGCCAAGGGCUCCAAUUGCGUUGUCGACUGCCACCCCAAUCGCCCAAUCUCUCGGGGUAUGGCUCGUGGACCCUUGUAUGACACUGUUUUUGCUGCGCUUCCUGACGACCCGACGUUUGAACAAAUUGCUGCUGCUGGUGGACUUGUCGAAAAACAUGCUGAAGGGCAUGCAGUUGCUGGUGGCGGAGUUUGGAUCAGUGGGGAGAUUCCUCGGGUAACGCCUUUUGAAGGAGGCAUUCCAGGAGGGAAGCGAUGGGUCGCAGAAGAUGGCGGUAGAUGGAUCAGCGACGAGCUUAUCCUGGACGAAAGAUACGCAGUCAUCGACGUGGCUGGCAAAGGGCUCGUCGUGUUCAGCGCAUGCUCUCACGCUGGAAUUGUGAAUGUCGUGCAAGAUGCAGUCAAGACAUUUCAGCGACCCGUCUACAUGGUCAUCGGUGGUCUUCAUCUCGCUCCGCCAGACGCCAGGGAGCGGAUCGCACCCACGGUGGAUUUUCUCGCGAACAAAUUGAUCCCGGCUCCCACUUACAUUCUCCCGAUGCAUUGUUCGGGAUUUGAGGCCAAGGUCAAAUUGGAGGCAGCAUUGGGUGAGGGAUGCGUUCCAGCCGGUGUUGGUUUGAGGUGUGUUGCAAUAAAAGCCCAGGUACUUCCAGAUGAGGUAGAAACAAAAGAACGUGAAGACGGCGCCAGCAAAAAAUAUGUACAUGUCCUGAGUGGACCGACGCUCUAUCCAGCCUAUCACAUCACGACUGAGGCCCAAAGUGUUGGCUGCGUCUAG